UUGCCUUGCGUCGACCGUACAUCGUACACUCCGCACUAACCAUGAAGACCCUCGCACUUGUGUUGGUGCUGCUUGUUGCUGUUGCUUCAGUUUCCGCACGAUGGAAGAGGCCAUGUAAGGGAAAACACUGUGGUUACGGCUAUGGAGGUGGUUAUGGCGGCUAUGGUGGAGGUUAUGGAGGAGGCUAUGGAGGCUACUUGGGAGGUUAUGGAGGCUAUGGAGGCUAUGGAGGCUACCUUGGAGGUUAUGGAGGUGGCUAUGGAGGCUACCUAGGAGGUUAUGGAGGCUACGGAGGUGGCUACGGAGGUGGCUAUAAAGGCUACGGUGGAUAUGGUGGUUUGGGAGGAUGGGGAGGCUAUGGCGGUGGCUAUGGCGGUUAUGGUGGUGGCUACGGCGAUGGCUAUGGCUAUGGAGGUGUUGGUGGAUACGGUGGGGGAUACGGUGGCGGAUAUGGAGGAGGAUACGGUUGGAAUAUGGGAGCCUAUUGCAAAUGCCGACCAAAGUGCGGCCCGAAGCAAAAGUUUGUUGGCCGAUGCCCAUGGUGCAAGAAGGGCUGUAAGCUGGUCCUCUGCUGCCGACGACGAUGGUAGACGAAUGAUGUCGUACCGUCGAUAGUUUUUUUCAAACAGAUUGACUCCCUACUGGCACACACCUGGACAACGAAUUCGGACUGUUAUCUUUUUGCCAUAUACUGUACAGAUUUUAACAUAUAAAACCUAUGCAGAUUA